AUGAUGCUGAAAAUACAGCCGCACAUCACAGAAAUAAAUUAUAUUUUAAAGGAUUUUAAAAUAUAAACCAUUAUUUUAUAUAUUUUAUUUUGAUAAUUUUGAAUUAUUACUGAAAUACAACCUUUUUUUGUUUCAAACAGUUCAUUGAACAAUAAUAAAUUAAGUACCUGAAGCUGACAAUGAAGUAAAUGUAUAAUAAUUAGCAAAGAUGAUUAAUUUAGCGCUGUAAAGGCGCGUGUGAGGGGCUGAGACGCGCAGGGGAGCGUCAGAUGCGCGUGAGGACCAAACACAGCAGAACGGUAGGAAACUUCACUCCUCUUAUUAUUUCUAUUUUACUAUAGCGAUUUAUUUUUAGAUACGUGAUCUGAGUCUUUCAUAGAGUUGUAGAGUUAUUAGAGAAAUAGAGUUAUUUUUUACAUUCUUUAGUCGAAGUUUUCAGAUCGGGAAUUCGGAGCCUGUUCGCGACUCGGUUGAUUCAGAUCGGGACUUUGGAGCAUGUUUGAGAUUUUUUAAAAUUCAAAUCUGGACAUCGAAGCAGGAAGUGGUUGUCAAACAGGUGAUAAAUGAAUAUUUGGACUUGAGGCCUGUUUUUACCUGUCGAUUCAUUAUGUACAUGGACACACACACAAACGUGGACACACUCUAGACUUAAUCAUCAGUAGGGCUCUAAACUUUUCAUCCAUUGUUAUUAACGACGUAGUGUCAAGGAUCGCAUGAGGCGAAGACUCAAGUGCAGGCAGAUGGGAAGACUUUAUUUAUACGUUCUUUUUUUGAUAAGAAAUUGUAUUCUUUGUUAGAUUUUAGAAUCUUUUAUUCAGGAUGUGUUAAAUUGAUAAGAAGUGAUAUCAAAUAUCAAUUUUGUUAGAAGAUAUUUAUAUUUUGAAUAAACGCAGUUCUUUAAAAAAAAAUUAUACAUAGAGGAAUCCUUAAAAAAGUAUCGCAGAUUCCAAAAUAAUAUUUGGUAGCAAAACUAUUAAUAGUUCUUAUAAUAAAUCAUCAUAUUUUCAUGAUUUCUAAAGAUCAUGUGACACUGAAGACUGGAGGAAUGAUGCUGAAAAUACAGCCGCACAUCACAGAAAUAAAUGAUAUUUUAAAGGAUUUUAAAAUAUAAACCAUUAUUUUAUAUAUUUUAUUUUGAUAAUUUUGAAUUAUUACUGAAAUACACUCUUUUUUUGUUUCAAACAGUUCAUUGAACAAUAAUAAAUUAAGUACCUGAAGCUAUGAGGCGCCGUGUAGGAUUUAAAUCAAACUUCGCUUAUCAAUACAUACAUAAAACACUUGCAUAUACACCUAUAAAUUACUCACAUAUACAUGCAUACUACUAGAUGUUCAAAGAUACAUAUAUAAAAUACACGUGUACAAUAAUAUGAAAUCGAUACCAAUACAUAUAAUGUUAGCAACGUAUGCAUACACACUUGUGAAUAAGUUGCAUAUACAUAUAAACUUGACGCGUGCAUACACCUACAAACACUCGCAUAUACAUAUAAAAUUGAUCCGUGCAUAUAUACCUAUUAAACACUCGCACAUACAUAUAAACUCGCUGCAUACAAACACACCUGCACAUUCUCGCAUAUACAUAUAAACUUUGGUCCAUGCAUAUACACCUACAAACGCUCGCACAUACAUAUAAACUCGAUGCAUACUCACCAAUACAUUCUGGCAUAUACAUAAACUUUGGUCCAUGCAUAUACACCUACAAACGCUCGCACAUACAUAUAAACUCGAUGCACGCACACACAUCCAUAAAACACUCGCGCAUACAUACAAAAUAAAAUUCACUAAUGAAUAUAGUUCAUACAAGAAAGAGGUAUGAUUUAAUUGUGAACAUACAUAUAUUUGCAAGUGAUUUCGUAUGUGGAUGUGCGUGAACUUUUCAGUGUACACGGAAGGCAUUUCAGUGCAAACGGAAGUCUAAUAUUAUGUCUUCUUUAUCCCGCUCGACAUGUUUUUCAGAGUGACCUUAAUAGCCGUGACGUUUGUUAGUGCUUUAUUUGCGGGUGCAAGUUGCAAUGAAGACGAUAUAGUCGAUUUCUUUAAUAGCGUAUUACAGUGCCUAACGCGUAUACAGCAAGAGCCGAGAGAGACACUUUAUCGAGACUUAGAUAACCAUGCUAGAACAAUUAACAGUCUUUUGUCCGUGGUUCGUUAUGAUCAAAAUGCCGAAACCAGAGAAUGCAUCGUUAUUCUCGAGACGCUGUACCGCACACUGCACCAAAUCACACAUCCGCUUGAUAUUGGAAGACCUGCUGGAGCUGGACUAGGACCAGUCCCACCACCUACAUAUAUCACAGGCCACAGAGGUCGUCCGAGAUACGACAUUUCGUAUGAGCAACUGUGUCAUUGUCUGCGGCUUGGGUUUAACUGGCAGGGAAUCGCAUCCUUAUUAGGAAUAGACCGCCGCACUUUGUUCCAGCACAGGCAGCGUCUUGAAAUCAGACCUCUGGAGUUUGCAGAACUGUCUAACUAUGAGUUGAACACUCUUGUCAGACAGAUUUUGCAAAGAACCCCAAAUGCUGGCGAGACCUACAUUCUGGGCAGUCUCCGGUCUCGCUCCAUCCGCAUCCAGCGUUGGAGGGUGAGACAAUGUUUACAUGAGCUAGAUCCUAUUGGAAGGUCACUCAGGCGCCGACGGGCCGUCAGAAGAAGAAUUUAUUCUGUGCAAACUCCUAACCAGCUCUGGCAUAUAGACGGAAACCAUAAACUGGUCAGAUGGAGGCUGGUUUUCCACGGGUGUGUUGAUGGAUUUAGCCGCACCAUUAUUUACCUCGACUGUCUGAACAAUAAUAGAGCAUCAAGUGUUCUGUCUUUGUUUCAAGAAGGGGUUCAAAACUUUGGAUUGCCAUCAAGGGUUAGAUGCGACCAUGGCAUGGAAAACAUUGAGGUUGCACGUUACAUGUUAAAUAGAAGAGGAUUAAAUAGAGGAAGUGUCAUUACGGGUCGCAGUGUGCAUAAUCAACGGAUCGAACGUUUAUGGGCAGAGCUGAACAGAGUGGUUUCAUAUUAUUAUUCAGACUUGUUCACUUUCAUGGAGGAACAAUGUAUACUAGACUCUCUGUGUGAGCUUCAUGUAUUUUGUUUGCAUUUUAUUUACUUACCUCGGAUCCAGAGGGCAGUUAGGGAAUUUAGGGACAUGUGGAAUAACCACGGACUGUCAACUGAAAGAGGACAAACUCCUCUGCAGUUAUGGCACAGAGGUAUUGUGAGUCAUAUUGGAAUAAACAACACAGCUAUAUCUGGCGUUUUGAACAAUGAAGAACAUGUUGACAUCAAUGAAAACAGACCAGAACCUGAACUACAGACCAGGAAUAAUGUAAUAGUUCCUGAAAACAUUUACUGCCCAAAUGACUCUACCUUGGCAAACAUUCUGGAAACAUUUAACCCAUUACAAAAUGAUGGUAAUCAUGGAAUCGAUCUGUUUUUGGCACUUGUACAAUUAUUGGAAAGACAACAGGAUAGAACACAGUAAAAGUGCUUUAUUGCUAUUGUUCUGACUUCGAACUCAUAAACAAGUGUUAACAAACAUUGCAUUAUGGAAAUGCUUGUAAAAUAUCCAACAGUUGAACAUUUUUAAAUUCUAGUAAAGGUUUAAACAAGUACUGCUUGAUUCUAAUAUUGCUUGAACAUUAUUUAAUAAAGUGUUGUCAUUAGAAUAAAAUAAAUGCCUCAAUAAGAACACUUCAUAACUUUAACAUCAAUCAAUUUUGUCACUUACUCCUUGCCAAAUCCCUGGGUAUUAUUAAUGGCAAAUUCCAUGUUG